AGAUAUUACUCAUUUCCUCAGCCCUUUGCACACACACACACACACACACACACACACACACACACACACACACACACACACAUGCUCUUGACACACACAUAGUCACAUAUACAACAGACACAGAGACAGAUAGCAGGCUCUCAGUUCUUUCCCUCAGUUUGGUGGGCUUGCUGGUGUUAUUUAAUGCGUACAGAGAUCAGAGGCAGUGUGUAGCUGGAGGCUGCUGAUAUCUGCGGGUGUUGUAACUGGCGGCAGUGCUGUGGAGGAGCAGUGUAGCACAGUGAGGAGCUGAGGAGUGGGUUGACCUAGGGGAGGAUUGGAAUAUGAAGGACUGCCAAGAAUGGGACGUCUGCUCAGCCCGCACUAAGGUGAGUGGGGCUUCAGUACAAAAGAAUCAACAGUGAUCUGACAGUGAUGCUGUGUAGCAGCGUCCCUCUCUGUCUGCGCCCCUCGUUCUCCCGUGACGCCCAUGUGACCUAACCUACACCCACACACAGGGGGCCCCCAGUGCCGCUGGAGCCCACCCAUGAAUCCCAGCCCCGACCGCGGCAAAGAGUGCCUCCCUCCCAAGAAGAGGGAGUCUCGGCAAGGAUCGGCAGAACUCCACAUCCCUCUGGACGAGUUUAAACUCCCUGUGCCGCUCAGGAGUCGGUCCAGCGCAGGGGGAGGGGAGGGAGGCAGGGAGGCCAGUGACAGGGACCGAGCUCUGAUUAACCCAAACCCCCAUCUUUUACAUACUCCUCCACCCCUUCCUGCUCCAUCACCAGGCCUCCCCCUGCCCCUACCAUGGCACCUGAGCUAUUCUCCCUCUGUCUCUCUCCCCCUUUUCCCAGGGCAGGUUGGAGAGAGGAGGGGCUCAGGGUCUCCGGCUUGGAGAGAUGAUCCUCUCUCCUCACCCCUGCCCCAGCACUCCAGGUGGCUUAGAGGGGAAGGCCCCCUCUCCUUGCCACCUAGCCCAUCUUCUUCCUCCAUCUCCUUCAAGACUCCCUUCCCAGCCGAUUCUAGAGAGAUAUGGUCUUACAUUAACAGUGGCCGGCGGGACAACAGUCCCUCCCUUUUCUCCCCGUCAUACUUGUUUGGCCACCACCCUCUCUACCCUCAAGAUCCAAGCUUUGUUGAAACCAGACACAGAUACCUGGGCAAGAGGCCCAACGGCCUGGACGGGCCAGGCAGCAGGACUGCCUCAUCCUCCAGGCCUCUGCUCACAGUAGAAUAUGGAAACGAUUGCAGAACCAGGCUGGACAUCAGUCCACACAGCUCCCAUACCAACGGUGGACGGAGACAGCAGGAGGAUCUAACAUCUCGUGUCCAUUCUGGAGGGCCAUAUUUGUCAGACUCUCAAGCUCAGGAGGCCCCUGAGACACAUUCCUCACUGCAGGACAGACAUUCACAUGGGAUAGUUAAGACCAGCUUACUCUCCUCCAGUUCUCAUCCCCUGGGACCAGUCCCCAGGGCAGGUAGAGGGGGACUAUUGGACCCCCUAGGGGUCACACCAGCUGAAGCCCAUAUCUACUACUCCUUAGGAUCGGUGUGCCACCCGAAUCCACAGGUCCAGGCCUACCCGGUCUACAGCCCCUCAGGAACAACUCUGUACAACCUGCACAGGGAGCCAGGACCCAGGCAGCACAAUCUAAGGAACUCACCACACUCACCCUUGGGUCUGCCUAACAGCCAUGACAGGUCGCAAAGAGACCGGGACAGAGACCAAGAAAGAGACAGAGAAAAACUCCUACAAAGGGACAGGGAGCGAGGUAAAGACAAAGAAAAGCACCUACAACAUAACAAAGACCAAGAAAGAGACAGUGAGCGUGAGAGACGACGGGAUAGAGACAGAGGGAGAGAGUUAUCUCCUUCUAAUCUUCACACCUCACCCCCAGCCCAUCACCAAUCUCCCCCUGCGCUCCUACCUCACUUCACCAAGGGUUCUCUGAUUGAGUUGGCCAGCGGGCGGUUGAAGCAGGUGGAGGAGCUGCGGACCGAGGACUUCUUAAGGAGCGCAGAUACCUCGCCAGAGUUCCACCUCAGCACCUGCACUGUGCUGCUGAUUUCCCCCAGCAGUGCACACGGAUUCAGCCACCUGCAGGUCCACCUCACAGACCGCAACACUCAGGAGUUACUGAAGGUCUUGGUGGAGUAUCCGUUCUUUGUGCAGAACCGAGGCUGGUCUUCUUGCUGCCCCCAGAGAACCACACAGCUGUAUGGUCUGCCCUGCCGCCAGCUCAUGGAGGGGGAUGUCUGCCUGGCUCUCACCCCCACACCUACCCAAACCCACCGGACACACACGCGUAUCAGCUCCAGGUCCCAUCGCACGCAACUCCCCACCAGGGCUUCAGGAGAACCCAGAAGCUCGCACAGGGAGGAGAUGCCACCUCCACCUCCUCCUCCCCCUCUUCCUCACCACCCACCCCCUACGGCGCCGGCCCCGCCACGGGCUCUGGCUGUAGAGCUUCCCGCUCAGGAGCAGCCCCGUCCGCGCAAACGCCGCUGGUCUGCCCCGGAUACCCUUCCCUCAACCGGAACUGAUGAAAGCGUCCUGGAUUUACCUCAUGGUUCAAAGCUAAUGAAGUGGCAGUAGAAACUCUGAAAUGCAUACGUAUAUAUGCAUACUUACACAAACACACAUAAGCACAUACACACCCUCCUUGUCUCUGUUGCACCCGCCAAGACAAACAAUGGAGAGACCUCAAGGUAGGGUUGCAGGGAAGGAAUUAAAUAAAAAAAAACAAUAGAAAACGCAAUUUACGGGUGUCCGCACUGCUGCCCAAAAUAUUAACCUUGCCCAUCCUAGUCUUGCCCUUGUUGCACCCUCCUUUCCUUUCCUUUCCUUUCCUUUCCUUCCCUCGACCUUACUCAGCAGCAGCUGAAAGAUCUUUAGAUGGCUCCUUAAAGACACUGAAGACAUUUAGUGAGACAAUCAAGCACUUGUAUGUGUUCACUCUGUUUUUGUAAUGGUUGUCCCACAUACCUACUUACUGACUACUUUCUGCAGGGUAUCGAUUUUCAAUCAGUGUUAUGAAAGUAAACGCUAUUGGACAAGUGCAGAUAUAUAUGAUGAAAAGUUGACUAUAUAUAUUACAUUACAGAUGUUAUAUACAGUGCAUAUGCUAAACAGAUUAAAUGCAAUCUCUCUGUCAAUUUCGCAAUGCAUUUUCGUUUUUUUAAUUGUCUUGCUUCUGAGCCGAUGUGCACACGUCGGCCUGGGCAGGCAAGAUGAAUGUAUGAGCAACUCUUAGCCUUUUUUAUUCUCAUCACUGGGAGUCAUUUCAAACAAUUGAUUGUUCGUCAAGGCAUUACCCUCCAAUAUGUUCUUAACAUUAUCUCUGAGAGAGGGAGAACACUAAUGAAAACUGCGUAACAGACAAUCCCACCCACACAGACAGGUCUGUGCCACACCGCCUCGACACUCAUGGUGUUUUUUCCAUUAAAAAACAGAAUGAUGGAAAGAGUAAAAAGUGCAGUAUGGCUGAUGAGUAAUGGUGCUAAUAACAAGUUGGAACAUGAUGCUUUGUGAAUACUCUUGACCCCUGUGUACUGUACGCUUCUGUUCCCAUCUCAUUUUUUACGUACUGUAUUUGUUUGAAGGCAGGGAAAAUGAUGAAAGUAUUUUAAACUCAGAUACGGGUAUCUCCUCUGAUUCAGCACACUCUCUCACUUUAGUUUUUGUGGGUUUUUUUAUUUUAUUUUCAAAAAAAGAAAACCUUACCUGUUGAUUUUUCUUUUUAAAUGUUAUAGCUACAAAAAUGUAUAUUUUUAAAAAUUGUGAAUCUGUUAUAUGAUGUUCGCUAGAAAUAAAGGAAAAAAAGCUUUAUA